AUGGCUGAGCCGGAGACCCAAUUAGAUGAGGUCUUUCGCAGACAGGCCGUCAUUCUUCGGAUACGACUUCUUCAUGCUCGAAUGUUACUCCUGAGACCAAUGCUCACACGCUUCUGUUUGUCUCAAUGCCCCGAUUCAACACAAGUUCACGACGACCUCUCGUCUCGCGUCAUGCAGCAGUGCGCCAUGGUCUGCGUCGAGGCAGCGCAAAGCCUCAUCUCCGUCAUUGUCCAAUUCCAACGGCACGACGGCACGCUCGGUCUCCUUCCCGCCUGGUGGUAUCGGGUGUUCUACAUUUACACCGCCGCCACAGUUCUCAUUGCAGCUAGACUGCGCCCAACAGUCUUCUCUUCACUCGACAUUUCCAAAUCCUGGAACCAGGCCAUGGCUCUUCUACACGAUCACGAAAGUCUCGGACCUUCGCCCAAGAGAUGUGCUGCAGCACUCCAAAUUCUAUCGACCAAGAUGUUCCAGGAGCAACCACAACCACAGACGCUUCCCAACUCCGAAGCGAACCCAGCAGUACCAGCUGUGCCCAGCGAACAAGAGACUUUCGACAUGCCCUUCACGUACAUGGCACAAGACGCAGCAUUUGACAUGGAUGCAAUAUCAUUCGAUGUCAACGACUUUUCCUGGCUAAACAGUAUGCCAGGAAGCCUGUAA